GAUAAUUCCUCAAAUUCCGAAGUGGGCUCUUCUUCCUCUCUUCUGUUACUUAACCUUUCGAUCAUUCUUUCAUAUCACAAAACUGAUUAAACUCUGUGCUUCUCAUUUUCCUACCAUGCUAUCUAUAUUUAAUUUAUGCCAUAUCUGUGUCUCUCUUUCGUUCACAAUUUAGUCCUGACCUUCUCAGGGUCUGAUCAUCAUCAUCAAAAUCAUGUCUUGUUCAUCAUCUAAAGGCUUAACUAAAUUAGUUAAUCUUCUAGAAAGAUUACACAGAUGCUGAUCCACAAGGACAAGGAUCUAGGUUAGUUAAUUAGCUAGCCUACGGCUGACUGCACGUGAUUCAUGGACACUGUUUUCCUUCUUGAAGAUGUAGCACGCGCCAACUUUCUCCGAUCAGUAAUGCAGUCCUUCGGCUGCACUUAUAUUUGCCUAUGGUCAUAUUAUGAAUUGGCCCAUUGUUUAGUCUGCUGGGAUGGAUGUUUCCAUGAAGAUAACAGCCAGCCUAGCCCGUCGUCCGGAACUAUAUCUCGGCGGCUUUUCGACGAGUACUGCAAAUCAGUUAUCGCAGUUGUUGAAAAUGACCGUGUUCCAGGUCUUGCUUUCAAGAACAAUCAGCAUUACAUUGAGCUCAAUGAAGCCGACCUUCAAAGAUUGGCAUCUAAUGAUGCACAGCGCCUAUUUUAUCAAGAAGCAAGGAUUAAGACUGCAGUGUUCAUGGCGAGCAAGAAUGGAGAAAUUGAGCUAGGUUUCUCCAGAAUGACACAAAUUAACAUGGAAACGGAGAUGAGAAAUUUAGUGCGGGACUUAAUCUCUCGACCCUCAUCAUCUUCAUCUUCAUUAAGAUCUGUAUCCUUGGAUACCCCAGAAUACUCCUCUCUCUUAUUCAGUAUUCCAACUACAACCCACAUACCAAAAACCCUCAACGAGGCUCCUUCAUUGCAACCAAUAUUACCAGCCACAACUAGUCCACACCAAGAAGUUAUGCAAGCAUUUGCUCAAUUGCGAAACAUUCAAUUACCGACGCCGGAGAGUGAGCAUGCUGCAAUAACAAGAGCCAUUUUUGCCGUUUUAACUUCUCCUUCCUCUUCAUCAUCAUCAUCUCAUCAAAAUCAAAAUCAACCCCAGCAAAAUCUACCUCCCAAUUACCGACUGAGCCCCCAACCUAGCGCAUUCAAGAAGUAUAACUCAGCUUUAGCUUCAGCAUCUCACUUGGUAACACGGACAAUAAGUCUGCUGAAACGGGCAAUUUCAUUUUAUAGAAGGUUUCAUAUUUUGAGACGGGAAUAUGCGUUACAAAACCGCCCCAACAUCACUCAAUUGCACCACAUGAUAUCGGAGAGAAGAAGACGCGAGAAGCUUAAUGAAAGCUUCCAGGCACUAAGAUCAAUGCUUCCACCAGGAGCUAAGAAAGACAAAGCAUCAUUGCUUAUUAGAACAAGAGAGUACCUGAGCAGCUUGAAAGAUAAAGUAGCAGAACUUAGUGAAAGAAACCAGAAAUUGCAGGCUCAGCUUUCGGCUGCUCCUUCUGCCGUUGUCAAAGAGGUGGGCGCUGAAGAAGGAAGAGGUUCUCACAGACAUGAGAUUCUUGUCGUUCCUGUUCCUGAAUCAACCUCGGAAGAGAGAAUCGUCGAUUUGAGGGUGAAUGUGACAGCAGAAUGUUCUAUGAUGGACUUAAUAAUCCGAAUUCUGGAAUUCCUGAAACGGAUUAACGAUGUGAGCUUGGUGUCCGUAGAAGCCAAUACCUCAAGUUCUUCUCAUCAUGUAAUCUUCAGAUUGAGAAUUCAGGGAAACGAAUGGGACGAGUCUGCCUUCCAGGAAGCAGUCAGAAGAGUUGUUUCUGAAAUGGCACAUUCACAAUGAUCCGUUAUCGUGGAUGAGGUUCAUCUCCACCACAUCACAUAAUUAAUGUAUUCAUGUAUCAAUAAAUCUAUAC